AUGUCAAAAACGCCGACUGCGACGACGACCCGUCACGUAGAUUCAGCCGACAAAGAAUUCAAAGGGGAGCACCGGGAAGUCGGAGACCAAGCUGUGUGGUCGUUGUCCUCUUGCAAGCCCGGAUUCGGUGUCGAUCAGCUCCGGGACAACAACACUGAAACCUAUUGGCAGUCGGACGGACCCCAACCUCACUUGGUCAAUAUACAAUUCAGACACAAGACGCUCGUCGACUCGGUGGCGAUCUACACGGAUUUCAAGCUCGACGAAAGCUACACGCCCAACAGAAUUUCGGUGCGCGUCGGAUCUCACUUCCACGACCUCCAGGAACUGGACGUCAUCGAAUUGACUGAGCCGUCCGGCUGGGUCACAAUACCAAUCAAUCAUAACAAGCAGCCCAUAAAGACAUUCUUCAUCCAAAUAGCCAUUCUCUCGAACCAUCAGAACGGCCGGGACACCCACCUGAGGCAGAUCAAAAUUCACUCGCCGAUCCGCAACUUUCCCGUUUCAUGCAUCGGUCUGGGCGGGAGUUUCACUUCCGAUCAGAUGCUUGAAAUGGCUCAUAUUCGGUAGUGGGAGGUAUUCCUUUCGUGAUCCCAACCGCGCAUGAGAGCCUGCGUCGACAAUCCGCUGGGAGAGACACCUUCCGAGUACUGGUCAUGGAUUCGCAGACUAGAGUCAAGCCCAACAUGCUGAGAGGCAAAUUCGAAGAUCUCCUAAUCAGCCCCGCUUUCAUCGGUGAUAUAGAGGAUCUC